ACUGUCCAGAUUUACAAGAUGGUAAAAUUGUAAUUACCCAUAAAACAAAAACAGCCGGAGGAGGUUAUACAGCCCAGCUUACCUGUCCCACAGGAUUCAGAUUCAAGCAAGAGGAAUACAGCAACAAAACAACUCUAAUUGCUGUUUGUAAUGAAGGUGGCAAAUGGGACUGGGGCUCAUCAAGUUAUACUCGGACUCCAGAAUGUCAGAUUGUCUAUUGUGGAUUUCCUCCAACAAUAUCACACGGAUUUGUGAGCAGUAUUUAUAGGAAUGUCACAUACGGCAGUGUAGCAUCCUAUCAAUGUUAUUCUGGGUUUGGACUUGUAGGAAAUUCUAAUGUCACAUGUGAUGUUCAUGGCAAGUGGUCUGUUCCUCCAGUUUGUGUUGCUGAUGGCUGCCCAGAAAUAGGAGAUGUUACACAUGGAAGCAGUAACACUAGGGAUGGUUCUGAAGGCAGCAUUGUAACAUUCUCCUGUGAUCCUGGCUAUAGUUUACAAGGGGCAAGAACUAUUGUUUGUCUGCCAAACAAAACCUGGUCCCAUCCUCAACCAGAAUGCAAAGAGUUGUUAUGCCCUCUACCUGUAAUAGAACAUGGACACUAUGAACCCAAAUACAUCCCAAAAUUUGGAGAGUCUGUUACUUUGGUAUGUGAUUCUGGAUACCAGAUUAACAGAACACAGACACAGAAAGACACUUCAAUUAAAUGUGGUGUCAACAGAAAACUCAGUGUGGAAAAUGAUAUCUGUGUUGAUGUUGAUGAAUGUAAAAAUGUUGCACACAAGUGCUCUGCUGCUGAAAACUGUGUUAACCUAGUUGGAUCAUAUUCCUGUGUUUGCAAAAAUGGCUACACUGGAGCUGGCUGUAAUGACGUGGACGAAUGUGCCCUUGGUGUGUGCCACCAGAGCUGUACAAAUUCUGAAGGUUCCUAUUCCUGCUCCUGUUAUCAAGGCUAUGUACUCUAUACUAAAAAUGGCACCAAUGGUUUCUUUAUACCAGCUGGUGAAGAUGGGCUGAAACCUGGCGAUGUUUUCCAGAUUAACAACACUUGUGUCCCUAUUACAUGCAAGCAACUACCUGUACCACCAGCAAAUGGAACACUCUUGACGACCAGAUCAAACUUUUAUUAUAAUGACCAGAUCAACAUCAUUUGCAAUUUUGGUUAUGCGUUAGAAAAUCCGUCAGUGGCUACAUGUCAGAGUGAUGGAAACUGGAGUUACAAUACUAAUCCCAAAUGUAAAA